CGAACCGCAACAGUCCGAGUCCAUUUGCUGGGGUUGGGUGGGGGUUAGGAUUUAGCUCUUCAAUUUGAGCUCAGUAAGGUGCUCACCUCCUUGAAGUUGAGAGGCAGAAGGAGGAGAUGGGUCAGCCUCUGAACCCAAUUGAAGAAACAGUACUGUCGGAGAAACUAAGGUUGUAUGCGCCUCCUAUGCUUAUACCCAAACUGCUUCCACCAAAAUUCUGUUGGUAUAGUGGAAAGACUACUAAAUUUAAGAAGUACCCUUCAGUUCGAUCAUCUUCAAAAGCAGAUUGUUUGCAGGCUGCAUAUCAAAGUAAAAGGUCACCUGAAUAUAAGGCUGACUAUUGUAACGAGGGAGAAUCAGAGGCACUCCCAUAUGUACAAACACUUAGAGAAAUUCCUAAGGAGGAACUUGCAGCAAAAGUUGUCAUGGUCAGAUUUGAUGGUGCAAUUUUGUUGAAGGAAGAAAUUAACCGGAGCUCACAAUCAGUUUCCAAUGCAAUUUUCACCAUCAAAUAUAUCUGUGAAGCUGGAGGCAAAGUAAUACUAGUGAGCAACUGGAGGAAGAAAUUUAACUCAAAACUCCUUGAUACUGAGUCUGCUGCAGAUACUCUAUCAUCACUUCUACAACACAAAGUUGUUGUCCUCCAAUGUAUCUCUAGUACUGUGCCAUUAAAGAUGGAAGUCCUCAACAAGGCAGAUAUAUUCCUUCUUGAGAAUCUUUCUGACUUUAAAGAGGAAGUUGCCAACUGUUUGAACUUUGCUGAAGUACUAUCAUCAGGAGUUGAUAUUUUUGUUAAUGACUCCUUCUCUUUGUCUCAUAAAAUCCUUGCAUCAACAGUUGCCGUCGCUCGUUUUUGCUCUGCUCAUGUGGUAGGUUUUCACUCUGAGGAGAGCCUCGAUCAAUUGAGGAAGGCCGCAGAUGCUAACAGGAAACCUUACAUUGCAAUUGUUGGAGGUGGCAAUCUCUAUGAUAAAGCUGCUGCCUUGCAUUUUUUAGCUUCCAAAUGUGAUGGAUUGGUCUUUAUUGGAAUGAUGUCAUUUCAAAUACUGCACGCCUUAGGAUAUUCUGUUCCUUCAAGUUUGAUAGAGCCCAAGGCUCAUAAAGCUGCUGAGGACAUAAUUCACUUUGCACAUGACAGAAAUAUUCCAAUUUUGUAUCCUAAAGACUUUUGGUGCGUGAAUGAUCACCGACCAAAUCAGAUGGAAGUACUUCCUGCUCAUGGUAUUAUGCAUGGUUGGUCACCUGUCGAUCUUGGGCCUAGGUCAUUGGAUGAAAUAAAUUCUUUACUUAUAAAAUGCAAGAAAAUAAUAUGGAUUGGUCCAUUGAAAUUCAAAUUAUCAAGUACAUGUGUAGAUGGAGUAUCUAAAUUGGCUCAAAUUCUCGGUGAAUUAAGUAAACAAACUUGCGAUGUAACGGUUGUGGGGAAUAUGGCAUGCAAAGCCAUAAUGAUGGAAUCAAGUUCUCUUUUGGAUUGUAAUAUGAUUGAGAGUGCUUCAGUUGUAUGGGAAUUUUUCAAAGGAAGGAAGCUCCCUGGAAUUAUGGCCUUAGAUAGAGCAUAUCCAUUCGAGAUUGAUUGGAGUUCUGUGUAUAAUGACCCAGCUCAACCUUUGGUAGUUGAUAUUGGAAGUGGUAUCUGUUGCUUUUUCCUUCCUAGUAAUGGACUAUUUCUUCUCGGAAUGGCUAGAAGAAGAAAGGAUUUGAAUUUUCUUGGACUGGAGAUCAAUAAAAAGCUUGUAAGACGUUGCCUGGAUUCGGUUCAUCAGUCAAGCAUUUGGAAUGGGCACUUCAUUUCAACAAAUGCAACAACAACAUUUCGUUCCAUAGUUUCUAGUUAUCCAGGAGAGUUGGUCCUUGUUUCAAUACAGUGCCCAAAUCCUGAUUUCAACAACCCAGAACAUAGAUGGAGAAUGCUGCAACGGUCAUUGGUCGAAGCAGUGACAGAUCUGCUUGCACAAGAUGGGAAGGUGUUUCUGCAAUCUGACGUAGAAGAAGUUGCAGUAAGAAUGAAAGAACUGUUCCUGAAAUAUGGCAAGGGUAGGUUCACUCUUUCAGGUGACCGAUCCAAUACCAAAAUCGAUAAAGAAGCAUGGCUGAAGGAGAAUCCUUUCAGAGUGAGAUCAGACUGGGAACAACAUGUUUUAGACCGUGGAGCCCCAAUGUACAGAUUAAUGCUGUCCAAAUCACCUAAUGCUGAGUGAUAUUAAAAAUUGCUGGUGUUUGAAAGCUGGCUGCAUCACUCAUCAGUUUCUCUUUUGAGGUUAUCAGAUUCUCAUUUACAUUUUACACAGUAUUUCACGGGCUUUUUACCAAUUUAGGGGUGGGAGAUUUUAAAUUUAUAAAUUAUGUGUUCGAAAAAAGAUAUUUGUGUAUUUAAGGUCGGUGCCAGAUGGCAGCCGAAAGAUGUGUUUGGCUUUUCAUUGGCUUGGGAUCUGUAACCUUUGGAGUUGUUUUGUAUUGCAUUAGUCCUUUUCAUAUCAUAUCCUAAUCUACUUUUUCUGUGGC